CCAGGCAGGCAGCCAAUGGGAGGGCGAAGGGCCUCUGAGGGGAGAAAGGCCAAGGAAAGAGGGCUGCUUCCUGGCCGGGCGGGAAGGCGGCGGCGCCACGAAGAAGAAGAAGAAGAAGAAGAAGAAGAAGAAGAAGAAGAAGAAGAAGAAGAAGAAGAAGAAGAAGAAGAAGAAGAAGAAGAAGAAGGCGGCCAGAGGCAGAGAGCUGUUUUCGAUCUGCUAGCUGGGAUGAAGAUCGGGCGCUCACCCCCCGAACCGGGCUUCGAACCGCCAACCUUUCAAACUGGCAAGAUUUAUUGCAGCUGGUGGUGUAACCUGUUUGCUAAAACCUGGCCCAACAAACCGAACAAACAAAUGAGCAGACAAGGAAGCUGGUUCGUCACACCAGAGAUGGCUUCAGGGAACCCUCCCGUCCCUGCUCAAAAAAAGAAAAGCAAAACCUUCUUUACCUACAUUAUCCUCUUUUCCUGCAUGGAUCAUGUUGAAAAUUGAAAUACCAAGAAAUAGAGGAAUGGAGUUUCUCAAGGAUGUGCACAGAAACCAGCAAAAGCAACCACAGAUUCAUAAAAACAAGGAACAGAUUCAGGUGUUAUGAGUGAACAUAACAGAGAGAAAUAAAUAAAUAAAGGUUGGCCUGGCUCAAAAGUGAUUCAACAAACACUUGGCAAAGAAUUAGAUAAUUAAAACUUGGGCAGUAGGGGCUAAUAAACGUAGAAUUUGUUGGAUUAUGGUUGUAUGUAUAUGAAAUGUAAAUCAAGUGUUUUCUGCUGUUUUGUAAGAGUGUGUUUCAGCAAUGAAACAGUUAACAGCAGGCUAGUUUUGACUGGCAUGAUUUCCGGCCUUGGAGGUCGGGGACUUCCUGCAGACUGAGGAAUGUGGUUUCUUAUCUCUCAGUGUGUGUUUGAGCUGUGCUUGCCCGAGCAAAGAGGCUGUAGAAGAAUGCCAGCUCAGAGUGAUGGCUUUUGCAUUGCUUUGUAAAUAUGUUUAUAGAUAUUGAAUAAAUGUUUGGACUUCAGACUA